AUGGAGGGAGAGGAAAGGAGCAACGGUUAUGGCCGGCAACAGUGACCAGUCCAUCGAUGAGAUGACGCUUGUAAAAGCGCCAACAAGGUAGGCAAGCAUUCGCAUGUGCGUUCGUGUGUGUUGUUACAGCCGCAGCGUUGAGAGGCGUCGCGAUCCAGCGUGGAAGAGUGGGCGCCGCGAGGGCGACAUUCCCGACCAGUGCGGCAGCGUUAGCCCUCGCCAGGAACCCGGGGCCGCUCGCAGCCGCCGCUGCGGCUACGGCCCUGCAUCCCUUCGCACCCGCGUAAGUAGAUCCUCACCGUACCGCGUCGUCGAAACCGAUGGAUCGGCCACGACGAUUCCAUGGUACUUCUCGACGUUUCGACGAUUGAUCAGCGGCGGCUGAUUUCUAAUCGGCAAGCCUCGCUGGCUGGCUACCUACGAUGAUCACCUUUUAAAAGCGGCGGAUGUUUCGAGGACAUUUUAUUUUUUUUUUUUUUUUUUUUAGAGAGAAUAAUAAAUCGUGA